AUGAGUGAAAGUGGGUAUACGUUGAUCUAUGAGCCAAACACAGCCAGUAAGGUUUCAGUGAAUGAAUAUAAGAAUUUGUUGGAGAAAGGAAAGGACGAUGUCAAGGUUGAUACGAUGAAGAAAAUUAUAAUAACUAUCCUCAAUGGUGAUCCCUUACCCGAUCUUUUGAUGCACGUCAUUAGAUUUGUCAUGCCAUCAAAAAGUAAAGAGUUGAAGAGAUUGUUAUAUCAUUAUUGGGAAGUUUGUCCUAAACUUGACAGCUCAGGCAAAAUGAGACAUGAAAUGAUCCUUGUCUGUAAUGCUAUACAACGUGAUUUGCAACAUCCUAAUGAAUAUAUUAGAGGUAUUACAUUGAGAUAUUUGACUAAAUUGAAGGAACCAGAAUUGUUGGAGACUUUGGUGCCCAACGUUCGUCAAUGUCUCGAACAUCGACACGCUUAUGUACGUAAGAAUGCUGUUUUUGCUCUUUGGUCAAUCCACAAAGUUAGUGAUCAUUUGUGCCCAGAUGUUGAUGAAUUGAUUUAUCGUUUCUUGUACGAUGAAAAUGAUUCUGUUUGUAAAAGGAAUGCUUUUGUUUGUCUUGGAGACUUGAAUAGAAACGCUGCUUUGCAAUACAUUCAGGAUAAUAUUAGCGUUAUUGAUACAUUGGAUUCAUUAUUGCAAUUGAGCUUUAUAGAAUUUUUCAAAAAAGACUCAUUAUUGAACCCAGCUUUGAAACAACAAUAUGCUCAAUUGGUUACUGAAAUGGUUGAAAGUUCGUCCAAUGUUGUCAUGUACGAAGCUGCAAAUGCCUUAACUGGCUUAAGCUCAAAUUCAGCUUCCAUUUUAUUAGCAGGAAGCAAGUUUGUCGAGUUGGCUAAUAAAGAGGCCGAUAAUAACGUCAAGAUUAUCACAUUGGAGAGAAUCAAAGAGUUGAACAAGCAGCAUCCUGGUGUUUUACAAGAUUUAUCAUUGGAAAUAUUGAGAGUUUUAUCUUCACAGGAUGUGGCUGUGAGAAAAAAGGCAUUGGAUGUCACUCUCGAGUUCAUUACUUCCAGAAAUGUGGAAGAUGUGGUCAAAUUAUUGAAAAAAGAAUUACAGGCCACCAGCUCAUCAAAUGACGACAAAAAUGUCGAAUACAGACAGCUAUUGAUCAAUGCUAUUCAUCAAUUGGCCAUCAAAUUCGUCGAAGUUGCUGCAAAUGUUAUUGACUUGUUAUUAGAUUCAAUUGCUGACUUGAACUCCACAUCGGCAUAUGAGGUUAUUACUUUUGUCAAAGAAGUUGUUGAAAAAUUCCCUGAUUUGAGAGACUCUAUAGUUAAAAGACUCAUCUUGGCUUUGCCUAAUGUCAAAAGUGGAAAGGUGUUUAGAGGGGCUUUUUGGGUGGUUGGUGAGUAUGCAUUGAAUGAACACUUGAUACAAGACGCAUGGAAGUAUAUCAGAUCAAGCAUUGGCGAAGUACCAAUUAUAGCUAGUGAGUUGAAAGCAAAAGAGCCAGCAAACACAGAGGGAGAUGAUGGUGAAGAACAUCCACACAAAAAGAAAGGUCCUACAAUUUUGCCAGAUGGCACAUAUGCCACAGAAUCUGCCUUGACGGCUGAUGUCAAUGGCAACGGCUUCGAAGAUGAGACAAAAACACCAAUCAGAAAACAAUUACUUGCGGGAGAUUUCUACCUUGGUGCUGUAUUGUCAUCCACAAUUAUUAAAUUGAUACUUCGUUUACACAAAUUGAACACACAGGCUAAGAUCUUAAAUGCUUUGAAAGCUGAGGCAUUGUUGAUCAUGGUAUCCAUAUUAAGGUUGGGAGAGAGCUCAUUGGUUACCAAAAAGAUUGACGAAGAUUCUGCUGAUAGAAUCUUUUCCUACAUUAGAAUUUUGAAUGAUGAGGAAGAUGUUGAGGAAAUAACCACGAGUUUCCUUGAUGACACCAAAGAUGCCUUCAAAGCACAAAUCAUCGAUGUUGAAGCAAAGAAGGCAGAAGAGGAGGCUAGAGAUUUACAUGCAAAUGCUGAUCAAGUAGAUGAUGCAAUUGUGUUUAGACAACUUGAUAAAGACAACAAGUCAGCCAAGAAAGUGGUUGAUGAUCUUGUUGUAGCUUCAGGAAGCGAUUUGAAGAAGGAAAACUUAUCGUCGAGAUUGAACCAAAUCUUGCAAUUAACUGGUUUUUCCGAUCCAAUAUAUGCAGAAGCGUUUGUCAAAGUACACCAAUACGAUGUUGUGUUGGAUGUUCUUUUGGUUAAUCAAACAACUACAACUUUGCGCAAUCUUUCAGUGGAAUUUGCAACCUUAGGUGAUUUGAAAGUUGUUGAUAAGCCAACUACUACAAACAUUGGCCCGCAUGGUUUCUACAAAAUUCAAACAACAAUCAAGGUUACAUCUGCUGAUACGGGGGUCAUAUUUGGAAAUAUUGUUUACGAUGGUCAACAUUCAGAUGAGUCCACAAUUGUCAUUUUAAAUGAUGUUCAUGUUGACAUUAUGGAUUACAUCAAACCUGCAGUAUGUUCUGAAAGUCAAUUCCGUAAGAUGUGGAAUGAAUUUGAAUGGGAAAAUAAGAUAACCAUCAAAUCACCAAUAGAAUCAUUGAAAAACUACCUCGAUGAACUAAUGAAGGGAACCAAUAUGGAAUGUUUAACUCCUGGAGCAGUUAUUGGAGAAGAAUGCCAAUUCCUUUCGGCUAACUUGUAUUCAAGAUCGACAUUUGGUGAAGAUGCAUUGGCCAACUUAUGUAUUGAAAAACAAAGCGAUGGUCCAAUAAUUGGACAUGUGAGGAUAAGAUCCAAGGGCCAAGGAUUAGCAUUGAGCUUGGGUGAUAGAGUUGCAUCAAUAUCUCGAAAAGGUAAGAACGCUGUGGUUACUCGUGUUUAG